AUGCGAUCUCUUCAAAUUUUCGCAAUUUUUGUUCUCAUCGGGUCAUUGCACGCUCUUUUGGGAGCCGUCGGCUCAAAACAAACUGUGACUGUUGUCGGAAAAUUGGUGUGUAAUGGAGCGCCGGUGAAAGAUGUUACUGUGAAGUUGUACGAGGAUGGAACUAGUAGGUUUUUUCUGGGCGGUACUGUAGUCAUUUUGGCUCAGAAAUCUACAGUAUACCCUGCGUACCGUAUAUAUUUCUUGCAGUCUACGACUCCAAACUUGAUUCUGCCAAAACCGGACCAGACGGAACUUUCAAAGUUCACGGAUCGCAAAGAAAAAUCCGAAAAAUCGACCCGAAAAUCAACAUCUACCAUAGAUGCAAUCAUGUUGGAGUGAGUAAAAAAAAAUAAAAAAGUGUGCGGGUACCGGGAACCGAACCCAGGACCUCUGCAACAAAAAGCAGCGCGCUAACCGCCUGCGCUAAACGUGAAAGUGCGCGGUGUUUCGUCAUUUUUGGCUCAAAAACCCGCGAAUUUUACAGGUUUGCCCGAAAAAAGUCACAAUUCACGUGCCAAAAAAUGCGAUUGCCAAGGGCAAAGACGGCGGUCAACAAUUCGACAUCGGCAUGUUGAAUUUGGCCAACCGAUAUCCGGGAGAGGGAACCGAUUGUAUUCAUUAA